CCAACCAGGACAGGAUAUGAAGUAACCACCGGAACCAAGUGGACUAGCUAAGGAGUCGUUCCGGGAAUCAGCAUCACUUCAUUCCGCCGAUGUCAAAAUCCAUAAACCAGUCCGAACGCUCAUUCUCGAAAAAGUCCCUUAAAAGGAAGAAAUCUAGACUGGCGAAACUCAUAAACUGUGGGGGCUACAUUCUCAAGAUUGACACAUAGAACCAGCCCACCGACUCUUGCAAAUCAAGUUUUAGGUCUCAGAUUGAAAAACCAAACAAAAAAACAGAAAACUCAAGCGAACAGAACUAGAAAACAUCCUCAAAACAAGAAAAGAGACGAGAGAGAGGACGAGAGAAACAAGAUGCAGUUAAAACCCAACUCGAGUAAAGUGGAAGCGAAGUUGAAGAUCAUCAACACCACGAUAGAUGCAUUGAAACAAAACACAGGAGAUCGAUGGAAGACGAUAAGACAACUAACGAAGCAACAAACCCAACAAAAUGCGAGUCUGGUUCAAAGCGAGUCUUCAGCCCCGUCUCGCGAUCAUCCGGCUAUCCCCGUAUGGACCCAACGCAUGGACACUUUGUUCGGACCCGUGAACGAUCAACUUCGGUUGAUCAAGUGCGACAAUUGCGGAAUUAUGACUCGAGAGACUAACUCUAAAGUCGGUGUCACUCAUAAACUGAAUUGCGAAAUCUUGAGGAAAUCUGGGUCGAUUGGAGUGGGCGGAUUGAUGAAUAAAAAAUUCGGUGGUCUUAGUAAUCACUUUUCGAACUUGGAGUCUAACUCGAAAAAAAGAGCCUCUUCGGAAGUAUCACUAGAUUCGAUACCGAUGAAAAAGAAGAAGAAGACGACGAUCAUUGACCAUACCCAAGCAGGCGUGAUAGACCCCGAUGGCCCCAACGUGAUCAACGGGAUCCCUAUGACACAGAAACAAAUCAAGAAGGCAUUGGCAGCCGCAGAAAGAUUAGAGCGAGAGAACGAACGAAAGGAGAAAAAGCGCUUGGAAGAAGAGGCUCGGAAAGCUAAGAAACUCAGUCGUGCUAAAGGAGGACCGGUGAACGUCAAUGAACAAUGUGGAGUAUUGGUGCCUCCUAAUGAUACCCCUUGUGCUCGCUCGUUGACCUGUAAGACUCAUUCGAUGGGGGCUAAGAGAAGUGUUCCCGGUCGAAGCGCUCCUUAUGAUGUUCUACUAAAUGAAUGGCAAAAGAAGAAUAAUCCAAACUGGGGUGAUAGGAAGGUAGUAACGCCACGAGUAGGACCAGGAAUUGAGCCCGGACUGUCGAAGAAGAAGAAGAAAGAACUGGCCAGUUUAGCGAACAAAAAUACAAAUAAUGGUGGGAACAAGCGGGAUGAGAAUGCACCAACAAAUGGAUCGACCAACAACAGCAGUAACAAGAAUCAAUCCGGGAACGGAACGAACGGGAAUAACAGCAACAGUAAAUCAGGCCAAGCCAAGGAUAAGGAUAAGACGAAUAACUCGGCGAAUCAUCAUGCUUCGAAAUCGGCCAAUGGAGGAGCUACGAAGUCUUCGAAUGGUGGUGGUGGGAAUCAGGGGGGGAAUGGGCCUGGGGGAGCGAGCAAGAAAUCGGGUGGCCUUCCCGGCCAGAGUUCGAAGGGCGAGCAUGGACGGACGACGUCUGCGAAGCUAUCGGCGGCCAAUGAGGCGAAGUUACUGGGAGAGUUAGAUGCAGAUUUCUAUCUGGUCGUACCUCCGAAGAAGAAGGUCUUGCCGACCGCCGCUGUCCGUCCCGACCCGAUGGUGGACAGGGACGGGGAUACGACGAUGGCCGGGCCGGGCCCCCAGGAGGCGCCUCCUGCUCCGGUAGACCCGAUCGAACAUAAACAGAUCGACUCUGAUGAUGGCUCAGAAGAGAACGAGAGUGACGAGGAAUUCGAGGCGGUCAUCCGCGGCUUGAUCGUCUCUCAGACCUUCCUCAAACCUAUCUCUCUCCUCUCCUCCGACUCCAAUCCGAAGAACCUCUUCCCUCUUCCUCCUCCCUCUUCUUCUUGCUCUUUACCCUCUACUCAGUGGUCUAAAUUUGCUAAGUUGGGCGUCAAGGAAAGCUUCAAAAACUCUUUCAAACUAUAACUUUCUUCUUCUCAAUUCAUCCCCCCCCCCUCUCUCCUUCUCUCCUGUCCCUUGAUCGAGACUCUUCCUCCUUUCUACUCUAUGCGUGUGUGUACUAUUUACCAACUACCCUUGGACUUCUCUUUUUUAUUUCUUGUUAUUGUUUGGGUAUGUUCAAAAGAGACUUGUUUGUAAGUUUUCGUUUUUUUCGUUUGGGUCAACAGAUAUUCUCUUUGAUUUCAUGUUUCAUAUCCGUGUGUACGUAGUGUGUGUGUAAUCUGGUCUCCUUGAAAAUACAUAGACAUCAAGAGA